UUAUUCAAGACAAUCAGCUGAUUUGAUUUAUCUAAUUCUAAUUUUUGAAUGCUGUUUGGAGUCAAAUAUUAACAGUUCACUAUGUAAUUGCUUAAUUUUGUAUUAGAAAAUCCUCAAUCCACCAACUACAAGUAUUAUGCGUACAUUUGGUAAAUUUGGACCAUUAAUAGGUGCCAUAGAUGAAGGAACAUCCAACGUAAAAUUUUUGGUUUUUGCAGCGAACACUUCAGAAGUCUUAACAUAUCAUCAAGUAUCUCUAAAACGCUUCAGUCCGCAAGAAGGAUGGGUUGAACAAGAUGCACUAGAAAUUUUAAAUGCUGUUGUGGAAUGUAUUGAGGUAACUGCAGAUAAUUUGAGAAAAUUAGAUAUAAAUCCUGAAGAUAUUGUUGGUAUUGGAAUCACAAAUCAAAGAGAAACCACUGUUGUAUGGAACUCUGCUACUGGACAACCACUUUAUAGUGCCAUUGUUUGGCUAGAUGUGAGAACAUCUAAAAUCGUUGAUGAUCUACUGAAAAACAAAGGUGCACAGGCAAUAAAUGCAGUGUCUCAGACUAGUGGGCUUCCAUUAUCCACAUACUUUUCGUCAGUGAAACUGAAAUGGCUACUGCAGAAUGUGACGGCUAUCAAAGAUGCUGUGGCCGCAGGGGAGUGCAUGGCUGGCACAGUAGACUCCUGGCUAAUAUGGAACCUCACAGGCGGCACACGGGGAGGCAUCCACGCCACGGACGUGACCAACGCUUCCAGAACCCAACUCAUGUCGCUACGAAGUUUGCAGUGGGAUAAGGGCCUGCUGAGAUUUUUUGACAUACCAAAACAAAUAUUGCCAAAGAUAAAAAGUUCGGCCGAGAUUUAUGGUUAUAUUUCUAUGGGAUCUCUUCUUGGUGUGCCAAUUGCUGGGUGCUUGGGUGACCAACAAGCAGCGUUAGUUGGUCAGGGAUGCAUGAGAUUUGGUCAAGUGAAAUGUACAUUUGGUACUGGUUGUUUUCUCUUAUAUAAUACAGGUGAUUCGAUAGUGCACUCACAAAAUGGGCUCCUAACGACGGUAGCGUACAAGCUGGGGCCCGACGCGCCGCCCGUUUACGCCUUAGAGGGAUCCGUUGCAAUAGCAGGAGACACAUUGCAGUGGCUGCAACACGGCCUGGGCAUACUGGAGAACGCGGCGGACAGCGAGGCGCAGGCCGCCGAGGUCGGCGACAGCGACGAGGGCAGCUGCUGCUUCGUGCCGGCGUUUAACGGGAUAUACUCGCCGCACUGGAGAAAGGACGCGAGGGGAAUAAUGUGCGGGCUGAGCAACUUCACGCGACGCUCGCACGUGGUGCGCGCGGCGCUGGAGGCGGUGUGCCAGCAGACGCGAGCGGUAGCCGACGCGGUGGCGGCCGACUGCGCGCCGCUGCGCCGCCUGCUCGCCGACGGCGGCAUGUCGCAGAACGCGCUGCACAUGCAGAUGCUGGCCGACACGCUCGGCAUACCCGUGAUCCGUCCGCUAAUGAUGGAGAGCACAGCACUGGGUGCGGCCGUGGCGGCGGGGCGCGCGCUCCGCGUGUGGCCCACCAGCACCCCCGCGCCGCCCGCCGACACCUUCCUGCCCGCCAUCUCGCCAGAGGAUCGCGAAAUCCGACGGGUUCGAUGGGAAACCGCAUUGGAGCGGUGUAUGGGUUGGGUUAAAGAAGAAUCCGAAGAAUCGACAUUCAAACCAGUUUCAGAGGAGAUUGAUCGAACAACGGCAGUGCUGCCUCCAGGCCUGUUCUUCCUCGGUACCGCGCUUCUCGUAGUCAUAGCCGAUAAACUAAAAUCCAUCUAGUUCAUGUCACAUGCGUGAGCCAAUCUUAGUCAUUAGAUACUACCUCCUUAUGUUAAUGUUGGCUUGUACAAACAAAGUAUUAAUAUAUUAGUAGUCAAAUCUUUAACAUAAUAUUUUUGUGAUUGCUUUUGGUUAGUUAUUAUACCAUUAUUAGAUCAUUAUUACAUUUCAGUUUUUGUUUUUGAUUAUAGUUGUUGUUCCUAAACGUGUUUUUACUAACCCUCUAUAAUAUGCCAUCGAUAAAUGUUCUAGUACCUAUGUUCAGUUUUAUUGAACAGAUGUUUUUUGACUAUGUUCAUUUAUACGUUUUUUUUUGUGAGAAUAAUUGGGUCCACCCACACAAAGCGAGCAUCGGCCGACGCACGUCUACACUGGCCGUUUUGUGCGCGAGGAAAUUGCCUCGCGUAUGCUCACUCUAUGUGGACCCGCCUAAUAGUGAAACAGGGCGUAGAUAUAAAAUACAUUUAUUACAAAAGAUCUUAUAUUGUUAAUAACUUAACACAGUUAAUUAUAUUAUAUUAUCAAAAUGCA